GGAGUCUACUGACGGUCCUGAGCUGUCUUUCUGGAAGUGGGGGUGGAUCGUGGCAGGGACCUCCGGGAGUCACCGGGUCAGGGAUAGACCGCGCCCGGUACUUUCCGAGCCGCUUGCUCACAGAGAGGGCGGGGCGGGGGCGGGGCGUUCGCGGAAGGGGCGGGGCGUUGAGGAGGCGGGGCGUCACGGAGCAGGCCUAGCUGCCCCGGGUCAUCUGCGGCUCCGCGGUGCUGUCCUGGCCGGGAUGUGAGCGACGGCCUGGCCUCCCAAGACCAUGCUCGCUGUCGUGGGCGCGGCGGCCCUGGUGCUGGUGGCCGGGGCGUCUUGGGAGCUGCCCUCAGCCGCAGGUGGAGAAAAUCUGAAACCUCCUGAGAAUAUAGACAUCUACAUUAUAGAUGACAACUAUACCCUAAAGUGGAGCAGCCACAGAGAGUCAGUGGGCAAUGUGACGUUUUCAGCAGAAUAUCAAACUAAUAUUAAAAGAGAAGACGAGGAGGCAAACUGGUUAAAAGUACCUGAAUGUCAACAUACUACAAGGACUAAAUGUGAAUUCUCUUUACUGAAUACAAAUGUUUAUAUCAAGACACGGUUUCGUGUAAGAGCAGAGAAAGGGAACAGCACAUCGUCAUGGAAGGAGGCUGAUUCAUUUAUCCCCUUCUACAGAGCUCACAUCAGCCCCCCAGGAGUACGUUUAGAAGCUGAAGAUAAAGCCAUACUAGUCCACAUCUCCCCUCCCGGACAAGAUGGGAAUAUGUGGGCACUGGAGAAACCUUACUUCAGUUACACAAUACGAAUCUGGCAGAAGUCUUCCAAUAACAAAGAAACUAUUAACUCUAUGUCUUAUCCAGAAAAGAUAUCAGAACUCUUGCCAGAGACUAUUUACUGUUUAGAAGUGGAAGCAAUACAUCAGUCACUUAAGAAUCACAGCAAUUACAGUGCAGUGCAGUGUGUAAGCACCACAGUGGCAAAUAAAACACCUGUGCCAGAAAAUCUAGAAGUGGAUGCCCAGGGCAAGAGCUAUGUUCUGAAAUGGAACUACACAUCUCCAAACAUGAGCUUCAGAGCACAGUGGCUCCCUGGCUAUUCAAGAAGUAGUUCCGGAAGCCAUUCAGAUAAAUGGAAAUCAAUACCUACCUGUACAAAUGUCCAGACUACGCACUGUGUCUUUUCUCAAGAUACUGUCCACACAGGAACGUUCUUUCUCCGUGUACAAGCCUCAGAUGGAAAUAACACGUCCUUUUGGUCUGAAGAGAAGUUUAUUGAUUCUCAAAUAUACACUCACCUUCCUCCUCCGGCCAUUACUGUCACCCCCAUGAGGGACACCUUGCUUGUUUAUGUCAACUGUCAGGACAGUUUCAGCAAAUGUGAUGGACUCAUUUAUGAAAUCAUCUUUUGGGAAGAUGCUUCCAAUACUGAGAGAAAACUGGUGAAGGAACACCCGGAGUUCACCCUUGAGAACCUGAGGCCACUGACCGUGUACUGUGUUCAAGCCAGAGUGCUCACCACGGCCCCGCAGAAUAAGACCAGCAAAUUCAGUGAGACGCUGUGUAAAAAAACACAUCCAGGAAGGUCUUUCAUGACCUGGAUUAUAACUGGAUUUGGUACUGUGUUUCUCUUUGUCGUGGCCCUUUAUGCUGGGAGGAGCCUCCAGAAAUACCUGCAUUAUGUGUUCUUCCCACCACUCAAGCCUCCGCCCAGUAUUGAUGAGUUUUUCUCUGAGCCACCUUCAAAAAACCUUCUACUUCUGACUGCUGAGGAGCACACCGAAAGAUGCCUCAUCAUCGAAAACACAGACACGGGUGCUGGAGAAGAAAGUCAUGCACCUGAGGAAGAUCUCAGGAAGUACAGUUCCCAGACCAGCCAGGACUCAGGAAACUAUUCUAAUGAAGAGGAGGAGAGUGUGGGGACUGAGAGCGGCCAAGCUGUACUCUCUACAGCUCCCUGCGGGAGUCCAUGGAGCAUGUCUUGCCCUUCUGGGACUGUGGAAGACAGCACCUGCUUCUUGGGAAAUGAAAAGCAUCUUCAGACACAGCCAGCUCUCCACUGCUGACUCAGGCUUGUCAGAGCCUGGAGUACAUGUGGAUGAGGCAGACGUAACUGAAGGUGGCUGCCAGUGUCUGCUAGCAGCUUAAAUCCUAGGGUGCUGUUUGGUGCUACAGAUGAGGCUCGCUGCUGCUCAGGCCGUCUGGUGGCUCUCUCAGUGUUCAUCCUCUAGGAGACACUUAGAACCUUCAGCUUUUUAAUCCUGCCACAGCCCCUCAGUAUUUCAAAGGCACUGUUGUCUACAGUAGUGCUUCCUAACCCGUAACUUAUCACAGCUGUGGCUUCCAACCAGAAGUCACUGAAACCAUGGAGAAAGGGGACACUAAGGAUGUCCCCUUUGAGUCAGCGUUGUUUAAGAUCCCAGUGUGGCCUGGGUGUGCAUGUUGUACUCUAGUACUUGUAGGACCAGAAAAUGCCAGGGACAAAAAAAGAGGCAUGAAUCAUUCAGUAAGAGAGAAGCUAGUGAACUUGAUGAAAAAGCACACCUUGUAUAGUCAGUGUUUGUAUGAACGCCUGUGUGGGCAGUCAGUGUUUGUAUGAACGCCUGUGUGGACAGUCAGUGUUUGUAUGAACGCCUGUGUGGACAGUCAGUGUUUGUAUGAACGCCUGUGUGGGCAGUCAGUGUUUGUAUGAACGCCUGUGUGGACAGUCAGUGUUUGUAUGAACGCCUGUGUGGACAGUCAGUGUUUGUAUGAACGCCUGUGUGGACAGUCAGUGUUUGUAUGAACGCCUGUGUAGACAGUCAGUGUUUGUAUGAACGCCUGGGUGGACAGUCAGUGUUUGUAUGAACGCCUGGGUGGGACUCUGCAGCCUUUUUGUGAUACUUGAGAAACCCAGGCUGACCCCUUCUCUGUCCAGCAAUAUUCAAGUCCCCUUCCCAGCUCCAUGUACUUAAAAAAACAAAGUGUUGGAUACUAAGGUGAAGGAACAGUGUUGACUGCAUACUGUUGCCUGUAGGUGCCUAUAAGUAACCUUAAAUUGAUGCUCCAAGAGUCUGUUUUGCAGGCAGGACAUCUAGCAAUCCUGGUGGCUCCAAGGCAGACUCAGUUGCAUGCCAAAAAGAGAGAGAUAGGAGUGAUGGGUCGUAGCCAUGGCCCCCAUUGCGCUUGCUCCACUGAGCAGCUUUUAUGAUUCUACCCAGCACUGCCCACCCUGUGGUCACUGUGGGAAAAGCUCCUUCUGCCAGGACAGCCUGCAAAGAAACAAGGCCUUCUAGGAUGUGGGGAAGGGAAGGACCAGAUGAUAACAGUGAGUUGUUUGUUGGAGUUGUUUCAUCCCUCACAAGUGUGACACAGGUCUUCAGGGUGAGGCCCAAAACAAACUGAAGGGCAGCAGCAGGUGAGGAGGGGGCUUCACCUGAGCCUGGCCUUAUAGGCAAGCAAAGGCAGUUCCACGUGCAUGCUUCAAGACAGCCUGCAUGACGCUUCCCACGCCACAGCGCCUGCUUGUGAUGUGACAGGGUUGUCCUGAACAGACACAUGUUCUUAAGACCGUGCACAUAGGCCUGAAGAGCUGGCUCAGUGGGUAAGAGCACAUGUUGCUCUUGUAUAGGAUCUGAGUUCAGUCCCCAGCACCCACACAGUGCUUCACAACUGGCUGUAGCUUUAGCUCAGAGGAUACAGCACUGGCUUCCAGUUGCCUCAGACACCAGGGGUGCAAUACGUAUAAGCAAGACACUUGUACACAGAGAAGUAAAACAAACAAACAAACAAAAAACCCACCAUGCACUUGAGGGCACCAAGCAAAUGCCUGAUCCUUGUUUAUAUUAAUAGUUCUUAGAGAAGCUGAGUGCUGUCUUAGAUCCAUGUAAAAGCCUCAUGACAGAGCGGUGUUUUCACAUGUAAAUAGUAAUGGGCCCAUGAACACACCUACACAGGGGAGCUGGCUGCACUCCACGAGAAUUGCCACGAGGUACCUAUUACAGUGAAGUCUACAGUUAAAAAUGCUGUUCUAGACUAUAAUCAUUUAAAGCCUGGGCAGAUAUCUAUAACCUCUGAAAAUUUAAAUUUAAAACUAGGUCAGGCACAACUGUGCUGGCUUGUUGCCUUCCCAGCUGCCUAGGAAUGUGCGACCAACCUGAGCAACAUAGCAAGAGCCUAUCAUAUAAGUAUGUAGAUGGGUAGAUGUACAUGAGUAUGCGUAUAGGUGCUAUAUAAAGUGCAGAGCCCCACAGCUAUGAUGCUUCAGACAGCCUCGUACUUGAGACCGAGGGGGGCAGGGGGGAGGGAUGUUAGAGAAGCCCGCCCCACCACACUGAAGCCCCAUGUCCCUGCAUGCAUUGGUCCUUUGGUGUUUGUCCCUCUAUUGCAGAAGCUCAUUGAGCAGGGGCUGAGUCCCUCCUGUGCCCUGGCGACAGUGCAGUGUUGGCGUGGACAUUGUCUAGCAGCUACCAAAUGAGUGAGAUCUGAAGUUGAAGCAGAUGAACAUUCUGGUUGUUUGUGGACUGAAAUAACCGUGUUUCUAUGUUUCUAUGCAUCCCAUUUGUAUCUGGAUCCUUUUCUACUUCUUGUCUGGAUCCCCAGUGUUGUAAAAUGACAAACAUAACAAACAAGGGGACUCUGGAUCUCAGGCACUGCUGCUUUAAACUGGAGUCUUUGUGCCAGAGGGACCGCCUACAACCCAUUCCUGACAGCAGGAUUGCAUUCUGGCCUUCUGGAUCCAUCACUGUCCCUUCCAGAUUACUGUCUCUCAUUCCUCUGUCUCUGAGAUCCCUUCUGUUUCUAACUCAGGAGGCUCAGAAGGUAAACACAGUUUGUAUUUUUCAAUUUCCUUACAGAGAAGGAAAUAAUAAAUUCAUAUUUGUUCCCAA